AUGUGGUUUGUGUUGGUGUGCUUGCGAGGACCAACAUUUGCUUAUCUGAGGGAUUCGCACAAUUCUGUAGUUGGAAUGAGAGAAAUUAUCAAAGAGAAGGUUAACAACAUCCUAUGCAUUGAAAGUCACGCAGAUCAACUGAAUUAUCCUGGAGAACAAAGCCUCUUUGCUAUGACAGCUAUGAGUAAUUUUUGUGGUCGAAAAUAUGACCUAAAUGUCAUUGAAGAUUUACAACAACAAGAUGCAGUAGAUCGUUUGAUGCCUCAAACCUUUGCUGGUGGAACGGUUAGUCAAAUACUAGUCAAUGAGCUGCAUUCCGUUCUUAGGAAGAAAAUCGAAGAAAGGCUCGAGUACGGCACCAUUAACUACUACGGUAUUUGUGCUUUGACGAAAGGUUUUGAGGAUCUGCGAAGAUACGGAGGUAUCCAGGCAAUCAACGAAAGUACAAUGCGAAUCGCCAAGGCCGCAUUUGAAAUGCUGAAACAAAAGACGCACUGGAAUGGACGGGAAGCUGUAAAAAUUUAUGGAUGGUACAACAUAGCUCAACAAGGACCUAUAAUAGCAUUUAAUUUACUUCGAGAAGAUGGGAGUUAUACUGGUUACUCAGAGGUGGAAAAAAUGUCAGGAUUAUUCGGGAUAGAUUUGAGAACUGGAUGUUUCUGUAAUUCUGGAGCAUGUCAAAUGUAUUUAGAGAUGACUAAUCAACAAUUGCGUCAUUACUUUGAAGAAGGGAAAGAAUGUGGUGAUACGAGAGAUGUGAUAGACGGUAGGCCAACAGGUGCUGUUAGAAUUUCGUUCGGAAGACAAUCCACAAUUGAGGAUGUUCUUGUUUUGGAACAAAUGAUUGACUACUGCUUCCUUGGAGUUCAACCAUCAAUCGAUAUUGAUCAUCCACUUAAAAUAAAUCGAUAUUCAGCUGUGAUCUCUCGUCUUCUAGUGUAUCCAGUUAAAAGUUGUAGAGGAAUCGAGUUAGAGAGAAGUAAUUUGACAAAGACCGGUCUACAAUAUGAUCGUAUAUUUAUGAUUGAAUGCUGCGGUACAACCCUUACACAAAAAAGGCAUCAGAAAAUGUGUAAGAUAAUCACAAAGAUUGAUGAAACCACCGCGGCACUUUUUUUAUAUGAUGCUGACCAUAUGGAAUCAUUUAUAAAAUUACCACUUUUAACCGGUGAAAAAUCUUCACAAUUUGGGAUUGUUUGUGUAAAUAAUGUACAAACAUCAGAAUGUACUGAUGAUGCUUCUACAUGGGUGACAACGUUCUUGGAUCUUCCUGACUGUACGUUACGACGAAUACAACAAGAUUCGGAUAGAAGUUUAUCGAAUGAAGCACCAUAUCUUGUGGUUAAUGAGGCAUCCAUAAAAAUUCUUGCUGACGUAAUUGGACUUACAGUCAAAGAAACUAUUGAUCGAUUUCGUCCUAAUCUCGUCGUACGAGGUAUACCACCAUUCCUCGAGGAUACCGCAAAAUACAUGUUUGUCGAUAAUUUUCGAUUUGAGGUCAUCAAGAAAUGCACUCGAUGCGAAAUGAUUUGUGUCAAUCCAUCAACGGGCAUCAAAGAACCACCGCUUAUUGUCGCUUUAAGAGAUUUUCGGCGGCGAGAAAAGAUGACUUUCGGCAUCUAUGUCAAGCAAAUCGGAGACGAUACAGGAGAAAUACACAGAAAUUCGAAAGUUAAUUUCGAAUAA